GGAGCAUUGACAGAAUCACAACCCAACUUUACCAUAGUGAUUGAAAGGUAGGAGGACAUGUUCGGGCUUCAAAUGCGUGAAUGCAAUGGUCAGGGCACCGUUCCGGUUUGGUACAAAGUUGGAGAGACGACCGGUCAAUACGUUGGAGUGCCCUAUAUGUUUCGAAGAAAUGGACACAGAGCCCCAACGACUGGCGCACCAUGCGGCCAUGUUCUUUGCCAAGUGUGUCGGGCUCAGAUCGUAAUGCAUGCUCGAAAUGGACCGACCUGCCACGCUUGCCGUAUGCCUUAUGAUACGGUUAUAGAUACUCCGGAAACGUCGGGCUAACCCGAGUCCUUACACCGAUGUGUCGUACGUCCUAG